AUCUCCGCCCAUCUUCUCGGCUCGGUGGCUGGCCGGGCAGGGAUCUGCCUCAGCCCUGCUCCUCCCCUCAGAACUCCUUCCGGACUUUGACGGUACUUCCUGCUUCCGGCGUCUGGAGCAGUUUAAGCCAAUCAAGACCCUCCUCUUCCCCGAUUACCCAAUAGGUCUGCUCGGAGGCGGGGGUCUCCGUGCGGCCCCGCCCCCUGGCCCGACCUCCCCGCCUCCCGAAGCCCAGGCUGAGAAGGGAUAGGUCUCCGCGAGGGGUGGAGCUUGUGGAGGACGAUGGCGGCCGCAUGGGGGUUGUCCCGAGUGGCCGCUUCCCUGAGAGCGGUCACCCCUUGGCCGAGGGGCAGGCUCCCCGCGGCCUUCCCCAGGCCUCAGGUGCGUCGGAAAGAGUCGUCCUCCAGCCCCCAGGCCGACGAGGGGAAGAUCCAUCUCACCGACAGCUGCGUCCAGAGGCUUCUGGAAAUCACCGAAGGGCCAGAAUUCCUCAGACUGCAGGUGGAAGGAGGUGGAUGCUCCGGAUUCCAAUACAAAUUUUCACUGGAUACAGUUAUCAACCCUGAUGACAGGGUAUUUGGACAGGGUGGGGCAAGAGUGGUGGUUGACUCUGAUAGCUUGGCCUUCGUGAAAGGGGCCCAGGUGGACUUCAGCCAAGAACUUAUCCGAAGCUCAUUUCAAGUGUUGAACAAUCCUCAAGCACAGCAAGGCUGCUCCUGUGGGUCAUCCUUCUCUGUCAAGCUUUAAUGUGAUAAUGAGUGACCCGGACAUUGCCACCAUUUCUAUCGAUUUGAGGAACCUGGGAUUACUAGAAUUCUAGAGGUUUCCUUCUACUCAUGUCCUUCUCUCAGUUUACUUCCCUUGACCAGGGAGUGUUGUGUUUUGACACUCUUAUUUUUAGAAUGUGAAGCUUUCACUCUUGACUUAAUCCCCGCCUACUCCACCCUUGCCCUAAUUCUAAGGCCAUGCCUCCAGAUGUUAUUACCUCAGAUUUAAUCCCUGGUUGAAACCCAGUAUAAUCUAUAGAGCCUCCAAGGCUCCAACAUUUGGAGUUGCUGCUCUGGUCUUUACAGCUGCUUGUACAUAUGUGGACAGCUAUGUAUAUAAGCUACAUUUUAAAAGAAAGUCCCCAUUUACUUGUGUUGUGAAUCAGUGUCACAGAUUUGAUAGCUUAAAUACUGAUUACUAGGCCAGAGAGAAUGACAGAGGCAAAUGAAAUAUUCUCCUUUUCAGCUCAGCCUUUGUGAAUAUGCCACUUGAUUUGUCCUUAUUUUUUAUGCAACCCCCUCUCCACUUCCCGUUUGUAGGGCACUCAUACUCAUGGAUCUGCUAGACUCAAAACAAGAACCCAUCGUGCACACAGCUUGGACCAAACUCCCACUGAUACCUGAAUCAUUUGAAAAAUAGCCUCCAUACUCCAUACUCAUAUAGACAUUUCAAGAUUCUGUGAUCAUUUAGUUUCUCUUUUCAGAAUAUGUUGUUUCACUGACCUUACGUUGUAAAAUGUCUCUGUUCUCACGCAUAAGCAGGAAGUGGUCCCUUUGCUGAAAUAGAUAAUAGGCACCCACUGGUAUUGAGUUGAUUCCAACUUAUAGCAACCCUAUAGGACAGAGUAGAGCUGCCCCAUAGGGUUUUCAGGGAGCAGUCAAUGGAUUUGAACUGCCAACCUUUUGGUUAGCAGCCAUAGCUCUUAAUCACUGUGCUACCAGGGCUCCACUAGACACUUAGGGACAUUUUUUUAGGUAGGCCUGCCAAAUAAAAUAUAGGAUGCCUAGUUUUAAAUUUGAAUUUUAGAUAAAGGAGAAGUAAUUUUUAGUAUGAGUAUGUCUUAUGCAGUGUUUGGUACAUACCUAUACUAAAAAAUUACUAUUCAUUGCUAAACCUGGGAACCCUACUUCCGGAUCACUGAAGAAAAGCUUUUUAAAUUACAAAUUCCAAUUUUAUUUGGGUAUGGUACUUAAACAUAACCAUGAUCCCUGUAUGACUUCUGGGAAAGCCAGAAGAGGCUGGACAACUAAAAAAAAAGAUGCAUAACAACAAAAGAUGGUUUAUUAAUGCUAAUGGUGAGCAAACUGCAACAAAAUUGAUUCUGGAAAAGUUAAUGGUUAAAUCCAUCUUUUGCUUGGGAGCCUAAAAUUUACAUUUCUUGACCAGAUUGGAAUUAGCCAUUCAGUAAGAGAAUUUACCAUUAAAAAAGUGGAAAUAAAGAGCUUAGAGACAAAGUAUCUGAGGCAGAAACUCAGGUACUUAAAGUUGCCAAUAAAACUACGAUUUAGAGAAAAUAAACCUUUCAUGUGGUUAGAGGAAAGAAAGGGAUGCUCAGAAACCUAAGUGGUGGGAUGAGGCAGAGAGCAGCAUACCAUGAAAGCAUCUGGGUGUAAAGUUACUAAGAUACUGUGAGUGGCUGCCAAUACCUGGUCUUAAUAUAAGGUUUUCAGCUCAGAUUAUGUAAGUCCUUUCAUCCUUCUUAAAAAGGGAUUUUGCUACAUUUUAAACAUUAGGGCCUAUUCUUUCAUAAUAUUUUUUGUGGAUUAUUUAUUGAUUUGGUGAUUUUAUAACUCCUGCUGAGCACUAGCAGAAUAGUUAUAGUUGUUAAAUAAACCAUUAGAUUGCAGUGGUCAGCUAGGCAGAAACAGGGUCCCUUAGACAGCAUCACACUGAGAAAGCUCCAUGGGGAAAACUGUAGUGGUAAGAAGUCUCUGUUUUGCACGGGUGUGUGUAGAUAUUGUAAGGACAUGGCAUGGGAGAAUGAUGGCACCAGGGGAACACAGGACAGUUUGCUUGGAACAAACAGUAAAAAAAAAAAAAAAAAAAAACAGUAGGCAUGGUAAAAUGGGCUUAUAUUUUGCAGGCGUUUUCAGACCAGAUGUCCUCUUCCAGCAGCCAUUUUCACAAAUGUUCACUAUACAGAUUCAUUUAGGAAAACUUUAUACUUUUCCAGUAGCAACUGGAAGAUCUUUUGCCUCCAUCUUACUUUCAAGGGUAGCUUUUCAAAGCCUUAUUUGUUGCAGAAUUGACUUUAAUUACCUUGAUAUGCAAGCCAAUGUCUGGCUGGGGCAGCAUGUCCGUCCUACCUUUGCUUUAGCAAAAUGCAGUAGUUCAAGAACCAAAGUCAAGGGAACCCUGAAUCUGCUUUAUGUUGUGAAUAAGCUUUAUGGUGUUGGGGGCUCAAAUAGGGGACCUCUUGGUCAAUGUCCAGAUCUUAUUGUCAAAUCACACUCUUUAAUUAUGUGAUGAUAGUGAUAAGUGGCAUAUAAACUAUACAUGUCCCAUCCACCCUUAGUUUUUUCUGUGUGGGAAUGUUGACUGAUUACAGAGGAUUAGAAGAAAACAAGUCCAAAGGAAGGACUACUAAAUUAGGUGUCUAGAAAGAUAUUCUUUUUUCUCUUUUCUAGGAAUUGAGCCCUAUUCUUUUACUCUUUCGUUACAAAGAAUCUGAGCAGAGGGCUGACAUUUGGCGGGAGCAUCCUGGUACAAGGGAGUAGGCAGCAUUGAUGGUAGCUGAUCCUUUUGGUUGCUGUAGUCCUCCCUGGAAUUUGCCCCAAGCUGAUAUUAUGCAGCUGACAUUGGGCAGGGCUUAAUGCUGUUGACUGAAAUAUUGUCAUGGUUUUACAUGUUUGCCUUAAAGGCAGGAAACUCCUUUUUUUAAUAACUUAUUUUUGAGGAUAUAUACAACAAAAUAUACACUAAUCCAACAAUUUGUACAUGUACAAUUCAAUGACAUUGAUUACCUUCUUUGAGUUGUGCAACCGUUCUCAUCCUCCUUUUCUGAGUUGUUCCUCCUCCAUUAACAUAAACUCUGUUCCCUAAGGUUCCUAUCUUAUCUUUCAAGUUGCUGUUGUCGAUUGGAUACUAUGUAGCUAAAUCUUAAAAGAGCAUAUGCUCUAAGGCAGAUAUUCUUUACUAGUUAAUCCAGACUAUUUGGUUUUAAGAAGAUUUCAGGGGGAUAUUUUUGGUUUAAGAUUUAAAGAUUAUCUCAGGACAAUAGUUUCAGGGGUUCAUCUAGCCUCCAUGGCUCCAGAAAGUCUGGAUUCCAUGGGAAUUUGAAAGUCUGUUCUGCAUUAGAAAACUCUACUUUUGAAGGUAUCUAGUACUGCUAUUUAUUACUGCUCUUUUAAAAUCCCUGUUUGCCCUUCUUUCUCUACAAAAAUACCAUGCCAACUUUUUGGUUAGUAGCUGAAUGCUUAAGCGUUAAUGCACCCAGGGACUCCUCAGAAAUACCACAGUGCUGUUUAAAAGAAGUUUUCUCUAAGGCAUUUUGAAAAAAGUAUCACCUGGCCUUAACUGUAAAAUCGAGACAAGUAAAUAUAUACAUAAAAAAAAAAAGAGGGAGGAUUUAAUCAGUCUAUGGCCAGCAGUUGUAUUUAAAAAUAUUUUAUUUUUUUAAGUUGGUAAUACAUAUGGUACAAAAUUCAAAAAAGAUACACAAGGAGAUACAGUGAAAAGCCUCCCAAUCCUGUCCUCAUCUCCCCACUCACCCUUCCCACAAACCACCAUUGUUUCUAAGAAUUUACCUCACAGAUACAAUCCCACAGAUGGAAUGUGAAAUAACUUACGUGCAAGAAUAUUCAUUACAGCAUUAUUUGUAGUAGCAAAAGAUGGGAAACGAUGGAAAUGUCCAUCAGUAGGGGACUGAUUAAAUCAGUUUUGGUUUAUCCAUUUAAUGGACUGUUAAACAGCUAUAGAACAGAAUAAAGCAGCUCUUCAUGUGUAAGUGUAUAUUAAGGGGAAAAAGCGAAGUGUAGAACAGCAUGCGUAGGACGCUGUUAUUUGUGUUUUUAAUAAACAGCGUAUGUGUAUGCAUACAAUAUUUCUGAGAGGGCAAGCAAGAAGGCAGGCUGGAAGAAGGGAAGUUUAUCUGGGGAUAAAGGGCAUGGUUUAUCUGAGGAAUGUAAGAAGUUCUCUGAAAUAUGGGGUGUAAGGUGGAGUGGCGAGGAAGAGGUUCGCAGAUAGCCACCUCUGUUUCCACUUUCCUUAGACAAAUAGCAGCAUGUUACACUACGCUCUGUAUAUGCAUUCCUUUUUCCCCUUAGUGUCUUUUGUGUCUUUUUCCUAUCAAAGCAUUUAAAGCAGCUUCUUUGCUUUUUUAGGGCUCCAUAACAAUUCAUAGGAGCCCUGGUGGCACUGUGGUUAAGCGUUCGUUCACUAACCAAAAGGUCCAUGGUUUGGAACCCACCAACCGCUCCACAGGAAGAAGACGUGGCAGUCUGCUUCCGCAGAGAUUACAGCCUGGGAAACCCUACGGGGCGGUUCCGCUCUAUCCCAAGGGCUGCUGUGAGUUGGAAUCAACUUGAUGGCAAUGGGUUUGGGUUUUUGGGUUUUGUAGCAUUUUGUUCUUUCCAGUCUUUUGCUGCUGCAAAUAAUACUGUAAUGAAUAACCUCUUACAUAUUUCUUUUACACUUGGUGAGACUGUAUCUGAAGGUUAAAUUCCUACAAGUGGAAUUCCUGGAUCAAAGAGUAAGUGCUUUUUAUAAUUUUGAAAGACAUCACCAUAUUGUCCCUUCAGAGAUUGUACCAAUGCAUAUGACCAUCACCUAUGAGUGCCUGUUUCCCAAAUGCUUGCCAACAAGGAUUCUCAUCAAACUUUUUGAUCUUUGCCAAUCUGAUAAUUAAAAAACAGUAUCAGUGUGGUUUUAA